UGAAAUCAAACCAUGAUCAACCAAUUGUAAGCCCCGAAGGUAACAGGCAUGUUACAUGACGGUAUGACUUAACAUCAGAGUUUCCAAAUGAAACCCCCAGACAGACUCUGCAUAGAAUCACAGUCACUAUUAGGUUUGAAUGGACAUGGGUGAUGGUUCAUUCAUAGAUGAAUUCAGCCAUUCAGAUUUAUUCGGCCAUGAUGAUGGGGCCUCCGGAUUUGAAUGGGCAGAUGAUCUCAUUUCAUCAGUAGAAGUUGAGGAUAGACCAACAAGUAGGAAUUCAGUGCUAGAAACAUCAGUCGUUAAUAACAAUCAGCAGUCUGUCCAGUAUGGCCAUUCUUCUGGACAGUUGUCUAGUCAGCCCGGUACUGUCAAUUUACAGUUUGUCCAAAGUAAUACAACACAGACGGUACAACAAGCUACUGUCCAGCAACAACCUGCUCAACUGCUGCCAAAUAUUACCAACUUAAGUCAGGGUGGUCAGCUGUUUCAGGGAGUAAAUGGACAGUUAUUUCUCAAGACAUUACCAAAUGGACAGUUCCAGUUGGCCGCCCAACCUCAAAUCCAGCAGAUACAGCAACAUCCUCAACAAUCCUCUAGUCCAAUUCCAAUCCAGCCUCAUCCUCAAGGAUCUCCUCACAUCCAUCAGACACCAAACCAAAGUCCCAUACCUAUCAGUUCACCUCAUGUUGGUUCUUCAUCGUCAUCAGCCUCACCUCAUGCGAGUCGAUCUCUUACUCCACUACAGCAGCAACGGCAAUAUCAAAAUGUUAACAUGCUUCAGAUUCCAGGUUCGCAAUCACAGCAGCAGAUCAUUAGAAAUCUACCAAUCAGUAGUCAGAUCUCAAACAUUAGUAACUUUCAGACUCAACAAAUUAUCCAAUCACAAGGCCAUAUAUUAUCGAAUCAAGGUCAGGUGCUACAAAGUCAUGGACAUACUCAAGUACCCAAUCAAGGACAAAACUAUGUAAAUACACAAAAUACUGUUAUACAAAAUCCAAAUGUUGUCAAUGUCAAUGUAGCACAUGUUUUGUGUUCAAGUCAGUUUCAAGGUCAACAAGGGCAGAUUCAAGGGACUUUAAUCCAGACUGCUGAUGGAAAGCAUAUCAUUAUUCCAAGUUCUCAAAUGCCUUCUAAUAACCAAUUUCAGAUUCAGAAUGUUAAUCAAAUGCUUCAGCCACAGAUUAUUCCUACUUCAAGUGCCACUGGAACGACCCCUUUAGUACAAGGAGGCCAGGUAGUGGAAACUAAUGCUGCAGCAUUAGGAGGACUAGGUUACAUAAGAAUUGCAACGCCUACAAGCUCUAGUCAAGAGACGAAAGUUCAGCAACAAACAGCAACACAUUUCUUAGGUUUAAAUCAACAGGGUCAGCAGAUAUUGAUUCAAAGAACUCCAACACCUACACCUGGCCAGAAUAUUGUAUUACGGCAAGUCACACCACCAAAUGUUCUGCAAUUACCCCAGCAACAAACACUUGCUUCAAAUCAAGUCUUACCUCAGACUACACAAGCUACUCAACAAAUUCUCCUACCACAGGUUCAGAAAAUUAUGACGGGUUCUCAAGGUCAGCCACAGGUCAAACUUGUUGCCGCUAACAAUCAUCUACAGUCUAACAAUUUACCGAUGACAAUUAACAUUGGAGGUCAGAAUGUCAUACUUCCAUCAAAUAUCCAACAGCUCAUUCAACAAAACCAAUUAAAUCAGCUUCAAAAGCAGGCAAGUUCUAAUGAAAAUCUGCAUCAGAACAAAUCAACUAUCUCUGGCAUGGUUAUGGCAACGUCAACAUCGACAAGUAACUUGAUAUCCAGUGGGCAUAAUUCAGCACAGUUAUUAAACACUUCUAUGGUGAACAAUCAGGCAUCUAGUUCAAGCCAGGUGCCCCAGGGACAAAGCAUAACAUCACAAGUUCCAACAUUUCUUUUACCAACUGUGAGUGCUAGCACAGCAAACAUGACUCCAGUGACAACAACAGUAUCACAAACUAAACAAAUGGUCUCACAAAUCAAUAUUAGUAGUAGUCCAAAAAUGUACCAGACUAUACCUUCAGUAGCAAGUAGUACUACAUCCACUGUCACCACGGGUAAACCAUUCUUAUCAGCUGUCAAUAAUGCUCCAAAGCUACCUAUGACAACAAUUCAGUUGACACCUCAAGCACAGCAACAGAUUAAUGCUAUUCAAAAGGAAAUUCGUAAACUGCAAUCACUGAAGGACCCUACAGAUCAACAAACGCAGCAGUUACUGCGAUUUAGUGAAGCUCUGAAACAAAUUAUAGCCAAAGGUCAUAUCAAAAUACAACCAGCUCAAGGACAACUGCAGUUACAGCAAGUUACAAGCAAUCAGACAUCUAAUGCCACUCCCAUGUUUAUUGGUCAACCUGCUGUGUCAGUUCCACAGCUUGGUCAUGUCCUUGCCCAUCACCAGUCCACAAUUCAGUCAGCAUCUAGUCCAUUGGUAAAUCAAAGUCUUGCUGCAGGAGCUGUGCAAUCUCAAGUUAGUGGUGGACUACCAGCACAAGGUCUAGUCACCAGUGAUAAUUCAUUUACAUCAAUGUGCACUACAAAAUCUGUUCAGUCUCAGUCUGGAUCUAUUAUGUCUAUUUCACCUACUGGGAACAAGUCCCAUCAGCAGCCAGUUCAACCCUCUAAUGUUACUAUACUAGGUCAAAGUCCGGCAGGAAUGUUGUUACAACAAGGACAGUCUAGUGUUCUUAAGAUGGCAAUUCAGACCAACUCUAAUGUCACACCAACUGUUGGAGAAAAUAGCACUGUGUCCACUCCUGUGAAAAUGGGGACUAUAGUAGUACCGGGGAAAGUCCCGAUUAAUCCUAAUCCACAAGUUGCUGUACCAACACAAAUUAAGAUUGCCAGCCAUAUCUUGACCUUGAACUUGACGCCAGAUCAGAAGGAUAAAGUUCAAAAGAUGUUGUCAACAAUGCCUCAAGAACAACAACAACAACAGAUGGCUUUGUUCCUAAAGCUUCAACAACAACAGAAAAUGAAUGCUCAGGUUCAAGCACAGAUACAACAUCAGAAAAAGCUCCAACAAAAUGUACAAGGCACUUCAAAUAUACAGAAUCAGCUACCUGCAACUAUACAACCUACAAUUGUUCCAAGUACAACAGCAAGUACUAUACUGCUUGAACAUCCUGGGACAUCACCAUCUAAACCAAAUAUAGUACAUAGAGUGUCUGUAGCUGCCAUCCCAAAACAUCAAUUAAUUCAUCAACAAAUGGGAAAAGAUCAAGCUAAUGCCAUCGUCACAGAUACCAAAACUCCAUUUAGAAAUCAACGUGAUACAUAUAGAAGGCUUUUAAGAUAUCAUGUGUUUCAAACAAAAAAUCCCCCAGAUGAUUUAGUGAAGAAAGAUGAUGAAAUGUUUGACGAUUUAUCAGAAGGCCUUGUUCGUAAGAAGGAUUGGAUGUUUGAAAAAUAUCGCAGUUUAAUUCUCGAAGAAAGUAUGAGGGAAAAACAGACAGCUGAAAUAAUGAUGAUUCAAAAAAUGUUAAAUGAGGAUCUCAAAGAAACACUUGAGGAAGAAAAAAGGGUUAUCAAAAGAAAUCCAGAUGAAUUUGAUCCAAUGCCAAGAAAAUAUUUGAAAUUAGAGCCUCACACAGAUGAAGCCACUGAUAUCAAAUUUGAUCCAAACAGCAUUCAAAUCAAAUGUGAAAAGGUCCAAGUUCCUUCUCCUUCUACUCCUUUGAUUAAGAAGGAAAGUUUUGAAAGUGACAAUUCCAGGCCUUCAACUCCAAAAUUCAAACUGGUCAUCAAAUCAAGUGGUCAAGGGUACUCUAGUUCUAUAACGGAGGAAGAUUGUGAGCAGACUAAUGUCUUAGAAUCAAGUGACACCAAAGAUAUAAAUUUUAUGAGUGGUAUUCAAGUGAAGGAGGAACAAAUAGAUAUAGAUAGUGAUGAAGUGCCAUUGGAUAGGACACUUGAACCAUUUGAAUCUUAUUCACAAGACAGAAACAAUGAAUCCCACGUUCUUUCUGAUGAUCUCAUUGAUGAUGGUGCUGAUAGUGAUUCUGACAUCACUGUUGUUAGUGAUGAUGACAAUAAGACAAAUGAUGCUAUUGUGAUAGACGAUGAUGAUGAUCAGGAGGAGGAGGAGGAUGGUGAUAAUGAGGAGGAGGAUGAGGAUGAAGAUAACAGUGAAAAUUCUAAGGUAGAUAAUUUUGAUGAAACUAUUUCUCGAAAAUCUUCCGUUGAACCGGUCAUCAAGCAUGAAGACAUAUCAAAUGACUUCAAUGACUUUUUCUCAAACAAGUAUCAGUCAGGAUCGUCAGAGUUGUCAUACUACACACGGACUACACAACAAAAUCCCUUAACGGCAGAUAACAUAAUAUCUAGUUUAGCAUCAGUAGAUCAAAUCUCAAAUGAUGUAUCAUACUCUCAAAAUUCAGAUGCUCAUUCAACUCAAAAUUCAGAUGCUCAUUCGACACAAACAAUUCCAUACAGUGAGGACGGAAACUCAAUAAAAGACGAGGACUUAAGCAAUGAUGUAGAUUACAACAAGUCUGCGUCAUCAUUUGCACAUUAUGAACCCAUCUCAUCACCUGAAGCUGACCAAAGUGAAUCAUUUUCUAACUACUUACCUCAUUACGAUUCAUCAUCAUUUAAUUUAGGUGGUAUUAGGGAUCAAAAUUUAAGUUAUGGUUUAUCAGACCCAACGAGGGAAGGCUCAUCAAAUAAUCAUGUGACUGGAAAUUCAUCAUGGGAAGAAGAGAUGGAGGAAGAAUCAGAAAAUGCUGACAAAAUUAAGGCAGAGAUGGAAAGUGCAAUAAAUUCUAUACUUAGUCUUAAUUAAUUGUGAAGAUUUUUUUUUUUAUUUUUAAAGGUUGUGUUUCUUGCAGAAAAUUUUGUACAUAAUUUAAUUUAUUACAAAAACUUGCAUGUAUAUUAUGUUUUUUUACUUUAUUGUGCACUUCUGUAAAACAUAACAAAAAAAAUCAAACUUAAAGACCGCUAAGCAUCUAAGUAUUCUCGAAAAGUGGUACUGUACUAAAAAUAUAGAUAAAUUUAUGUAUUGUAUGUUUAACUAUCUCCAAAUUGUAAAUAGUAUCCCCUUUAAUGGCAUAAAACUGUCUCUGUUUGUUUUAAAAUGCAGUUUUCAAUUUCCAGUAUGUGAAGUUUGUUGUAAUCUAAUUCAUGGUAACAUAUGACACCAUGACAAACAUAGAUGAUGUCACCAUACAAGCACAUGCUGUUGCAUUAAAGAUUUUAUGUGUCUCAUUUUCUUCUAAGUAAUUUCUAAACUUAAAAACAUCUUUGUAUGUAUUGAUAAUGUUUUUCAUAACAGAUAACUUUUGUGGUCAUUCGGCUACACAGUAGUACAAUUUCAAUGUCAUCGGUUAAUAAAGAUGUUAUUGUAACCUGUGGUCAGCUUAGUAUACACCUUAUCGCUAUUUGUCUGCCAAUACUGCAUAUCACAGACUUUCCUGUAAAAUAUUGACGUUGCAAUAGAAAAUGUCUGAUGUCUGGUAGGAAUUGUUGUUUGACGUCAAUAGUUUAAUUGUCACAAAGUUCCAAAUAGCGAUAAGGUCUAUAAAUACCUAACAUACAAGCUAUCAUUUCUUGUCCGUCCAAAAAAAAAGAGAUUUUUAUUAUUUAUUACUCAUAAAGCCAAGAGCUUUAUCUUCUUUUGGCUUAAUUUUCAACAAUAAAUGUUUAUUGCAAUUGGCCAAUAUGAUAACCAGACUCAUUAAAAUGUUUUGAAAUUUAGAUACAGAUUUUGCUAUUAGACAUAAAGUAUAGAUUGUACUUAUCCUUUGAAGUCCUCAAGAUCAUUUGAAAAAUAAAUAAUGAUUUCAGAAACUUUUACAAUUAUUGUAAAAAAAUGAUUACUUCAUCACAAGCCAUGACAUAAUUUUGCUGAAAAUAGUUGCCAAUUUUGACUUUAUAUGUAGUGCUAGUGUUUUGUAGAAUGUACAGUUAUCCUGCUCGUUCUAAUCCAUUUGAUAUUUAGCAUUCUUUAUUCACUUUCUAGUUAUUGCGAAAAGGUUGACAGGGCACAAUCAGAAUUUGUGAUUUGUAUUUAUAUGUUGUAAUAUAUUUGCCUCUGUUUUAUUCUCUGUAGGUAUUUUAAUGUAGCCAGAUAUGUUAAUGUACUAGAUGAAAGUGUGAAAUUUACUUAAAACAACAACUUGACCAUUCAAGGGCUUUUAAUUUAAAAACAUCAUACACAGAUAAAUUGCAUAGAUAUACUUUUUCAAAGAACAUUUAAGGAAUGACUGUAAUAUUUUUUCUGUCUAUGAAGAAAUAACAUCAAAAAUGUGGUGCACACUGAAUAACACGUGUAGCGGGUUAUUUAAAAGUGUGCACCACAUUUUUGAGGUUAUUUCAAAUAGACAGAAAAAAUAUUACAGUCAUCCUUAUAAUUCUAAAUGUAAUGGUCACAUGACAAAAUUAUGUCUAUGAGCUGAUAGACCAAAAACAUUCAGCCAAUCAUCAGACAUGUUACAUCCAAAAUUAAAUUAUUAAAGGAAAAAAAGCUUAGUACAUUUUGGUAUCAUUUAUGUGGGGAAUACAACAAUACAUUAGAAAGUUCAAAAAUGUAUUCUUGGAAAUUGAAAUAAAAGAUCAGUAUUUACAAAUUUUAUAUCUCUGAAAAUUCUUAUUGUCUUGGUGUUAAAGUGCCAUUUUUAAUUGCAGUAUUUUGUAAAUUCUUUAAAUUGUAUUUUAAAAAGAAGAGAUGCAUAUCUAUGGUUGUUUAUACCAAAAAAUUGUGUUUCACAGACGUUAUAAAAAAUUUUGUAAGUAUUUAAAAAGAAAUUUAGAGAAUGCUGAAUCUGAAGUUUUCUUUUCAGUUGAACACAUUAAAGUACACUCUGAAACUACCCAAAUCCAGUAAGCCCAAGACAAAAGCCUUGGAAGUCAAAUACAUAAAACAUAUGUGAGCACUUAAAGUAUCCUACACUAAACUUAAUUUACUUUUUAAACACGUACAGAAGUGCCCGGAACCUUUUUGUAUUAUAUUUGAAAAUUACCAAAGGCCAUUAAGUUACAAAUGUGAAAAAGAAUUGCCAAACUAUUGAUAAUGUAACAUAAAUUAUAAUAUAUGCCAGAUUAAUUUGUCAUUAUUUAUUUUUUAGAUUUAUUUUGUAAUUUUGUACUGAACGCUGAAUGUUCCAAGUAGUCAAUAUUCAUUUGUUAAUAAUUCACCCAUAUUUUCAUGUUUUUGUAGAGUUAUCUACCUUUAGCCAUACAUAUAGGAUUGUUUAGAUUGGUGCUUUAAAAAGAUAUUUUGCAAUUCUAUUCUGCUUAAUCCAUUCAAUUUAUUCUUCAAGAAUCAGUUAUGUUUGCCUUAAUAUUACUAGAUAAUUGCAUUUUUAACAGAAAUGUGAAUGUAUCAUUUUUUGACAAAUUAAAAUUCAUAAACUGCAGCAAGGGAGUCGUGGGAUUUGGUUUUAUUUUUGGAAUUCAUUGAAACUUGCAAGAUGUCUCCCAAGCAAACCCAAUGAAUAUUUAAUGAUUUAUUUUAGAUUAUUAUACUGUAAAAGAGAAUUCUAUAACAUAACAUUGAUGGUGUUAAACAGGACCACAAGGAUGAAUAUCCACCUUCAAUUUAAAUCUCUUCUGAUUUACAAUUACAGGACCGCUUAUUUUCAACAUUGGCAUUUACAGAAAAAUGGAAAGGCAUUGUUCAAAACUAAAAUUCAAAUUUUUUAAUAGUAAAAGGGUUUUUUUCUUAAGUAACUGCAGUUUUUAUUUCAAAAUAGUCUUUUGUAUAUUGCAGUCUGUUGCUAAAACAUGUUUGUUGACUCAAUUGCAAAAGGGGUUGGAGGAAGAAAAUUGAAAUGAUUUUGAAAUUGUCUUUGAAUACCAUAUUUACAGAAUAUUUCACACAGAAGGUGAUGUGUGUGUUAAUUAAGAUAGAUAAAUAUUUAUCUCAUCUUUUGCAAGUAAAUGCUGUAUGUGUAGAAACACGAUCUCUGUAUUUCAGUAUAGAAUGCAACACUGCUAUGAAUUUUUGUAUACUGUGUUGAGACAGAAGUUUUUUUUGCUGGUCAAAUUCAAGGAAGAAAUUGGGUUUAAAAUGUGCUAUUUAAAUUUAUGAAAUUUGUAAUGAUAAUGCCAUUUUGUAAUGAAUUGUGCUAUGAUUUGAAGAAAUCCAGUGAAAGAUGUACUUACAUCCCACCAAAAAUCAAUUAUUGACCAAUCAAAACUGCUGUAUUUAUUGCCAUCAUGUCAUGUGUUGUUAUUGUUUAUGUCACAUUGUGCUGCAUAUCAUGUCAAAAUCUGUUGAAGAAACAUUUGUAUAAAAAACAGGAAAUAGA